AACAGUUUUAGGAAAAAUAUUACUAAAGUUGUAAUAUUUAUAUUUGGAACUACAAGGUUUGUCAAAAUAGUAGUCAUUUGCUUGAAUCUCUUUGUGCUAGUUACAUAAAAUGCAGAAGCCAUACUUCCUUGAGCGAGAACUUCCGGGUCUAGUGAGAGAGUAUAUGGAGACUCACGACACUGUGGACUUGGACGUUUUGACUCAACAUCUCAUCGACACUCACCAUAAAUUCAGGCACAAGAAAUUCAAGCCAUUCAGGAAAAGUGUUACAUCAGCAUAUGAGUGGAACUACAAGGUAAUGGAGAAGGAGGAGAAAGAGGCUGCUGAAAAUGGUGGUGUGAAAAAGACUUCUGGCAAAGAUUCCUCAGAUGAUGUUGUGACACUGGAAAAUCUAGAUGGGGAGAAAUGUCCAAGUAGCAAAAAGGGGGAUGAGCUGGAAGACGAAAUUGUCAGCUCCAUCAUGAAGAAGAACCGCAAGGGAGUGCCUGAGCUGCCAGUAUUUCCCACCGAGACACCUAAGCUUGAGGAGUUACAAGGCCUGUCAUCUCUGGUGCAGCCAGUGGGUCGCAUAUUAUGGCUGAUGAUGGAGCGGCCAGAGCAGCGCGCCGUGUGUCUGCAAGUCACAGGACCGGAAAGCUGUGGCAAGACGUCCCUCAUCAGGGCCAUGGCCGAUAAAAUGUCACUGCCACUGCACUUCAUUGAGGUCGAGUCUGUGUUAGCGGGAGGACCUCUCUCGUCCCCCCUCAAGAAGAUGCAAGAGGAGCUUGCAAAAGCUCACUCUGCUCUGCCAGGGGUUAUUCUCUUCCAUCAGUUGGACCGCCUGUACUCCCGCGAGGUGUCGGCUGCCAGCAAGCCUGAGCAGCACAGUGUUGCGUCUGUUGUGUUUAAAUACAUAGCAGGCAUGGCUGCUAACAGCGUUGGCUCGCGUGUGCUGAUCGUGGCAGAGACUAGCAAACCUGAACUGCUGGACUGGCGUCUCAGCGAGUGUUUCUCUGAGCUUAUUCACAUCGCGCCUCCAUCAGUGUCUGACAAGGAGAGCAUCCUCCGGAAACUUUGCAGUAGUGAGGCUGAACCAGAAGUUGACCUGGCGAGCGUGGCUCUGAAAGCUUCUGGUUUCGUUGCUGGAGACCUCGUCUGUCUUGUGAAACAUGCGCGUAAACUAGCGAGCAACAGAGUAUUUAAAGAGUCGUCAUAUGGCCAAGCCAAGAGUUUCAGUGACUUCCCUUCUGGUCCUCAAUCUAAUGAUGACGGCAGCGAUCCAGCCAAACUUCUGAUUACGACGGACGAUCUUUUGAACUCUGUCAAGUUGGUGGUGCCUAGCCUGAAGCGUCACGGGUUCCCCGCGAUCCCUGACACGACGUGGGCAGAUAUCGGUGGUCUGGAGGUGGCUAAGAAGGGACUCAGGGACUGCAUCCUGAAGCCCAUUAAGCGCCCCGAGUACAGCUCACGCUUCGGGCUCAGGCAGAACUCGGGUGUUCUCUUGUGGGGACCCCCUGGAUGCGGUAAGACGCUGCUCGCUAAGGCUGUUGCCAACGAGGCAGGCAUCAACCUCCUGACGGUGAACGGUCCCGAGCUGCUCUCCAUGUACCAGGGCGAGAGCGAGCGUGCCGUUCGUGAAGUCUUUGCCCGCGCGGCUUCCGUGGCACCGUGCGUUAUAUUCUUCGACGAGUUCGACUCCCUCUGCCCCAGGCGCUCCAAGACAGGCUCUGAAUCUGGCAGCAAGUCGACUAUCGUCAACAUGCUGCUCACGGAGAUGGACGGGUUCAUGGCGCGUCCCGGAAUUUAUCUCAUCGCCGCCACAAACUUACCUUCUAUCCUGGACCCUGCUGUCCUCAGGCCUGGUCGCUUCGACACUAAAGUUUACGUCGGCCUCCCAAAUGCUGAGGGCAGAGUUUCUGUGCUCAAAGCCACCACCAAAAAUGGCUCUCUACCGUGCCUUGCAUCUGACGUGGACGUGGAAGCUAUUGCUCAGCGCCAAGAAUGCCAGAACUUUACUGGUGCCGAUUGCAGGAACCUCGUCGAUCUUGCAAUCAAAGCGGCGAUCGAUGAGCACGAGAAAAACAUCUCUACUACUGAAAACGAUACUGUUGAGUCUGUCUCCAAGAAAAGAAAGCUAGAUAACGGUUCAACGAGUGACAACCGGCCUACUAAAAUCAUGGCCGCGGCUGCCGACAUUGGCGUGCCGUCAAUGAAGUGCUUUUAUCCCGACGGGGAGUUCGUGCUCUAUGCACGACAUUUUGAUAUGGCCUUCAAGGAGGUCAAACCAUCAGUACUCGAGAAGGAGCGUCUUAUGUACGAGUUUCAACGGAAGGAGUUCGAAUCUGGUCCUGAGUGAUGCACCGACUUGCGAUGUCCGAAGUUGAAAUAUUAACGUUUCGCAUUGAAUAAAAAAUCUAAUUGCCAAA